CAAUGUAAUCGAAUUAUUAGGGCAGAGAUGAAUAUUUUCUAUGAAUAUAGAAAAGGUGAAGUGAAAAUUUCACUACAGUUCAAAGGUUCUACACCUUACCUUAACACUGUAACUGUUUUUUAAAUGAAUGUACCAUAAUUAAAUAAUUAUAACAGAACUAAAAAUGUAAUUUCAUGUUAAAGUCGUUAUCCAGUAGUUUAACCUUGAAGCCAUAUUAAACAAUAUUUAGACUGGCUGUGAAAAAAGCCAACUUCAAACUUCAACCUUUUUUAGCUAGACACAAGAAAUCCUUUGAUGACUAACGUUGAUAAAUGAUUUUAAGAAAUAGGGAGAAACCUCUUUGCAUAAAUCCUGCAAUCCUAAAACCUCCAGUAAUCUGGACUGGGGGCAGGCAAGUUCAGCAAAUUCUAUUGACAAUGUUAACCAUAGAAUUCAUUGUAUUGGAAAUAAACACAAUGUCUUCUCUCAAGCACAUGACCAAAUUUUAGCAUUCUGCGAUUUGUAGUAAGACAUCUUCACAAAGUUAGAGCUUGUGCAUGAUCUGUUUGGAAUUUACAUUUUGCUGCAAAAUUAAAGCCAAAAUGGUGUCUUUCUGCCUAUCUAUGUACAGUAAAACCGAACCAACCGAUCCAGUGACAGCAUACACCACAGGGAUUAUCAGCACGUGGGCCAUACCUUUAGCCUAUAUCCUGGCCAUGUUGGUAGGGGUCCCCUCCAAUGCCUACAUCCUGGGAUUCCUCAAAAUCAGGCUAAAAGCCAAGUCCAUGUCCACAGUAGUGCUUUUUCUGAACCUGGCCCUGUCCGACCUGCUGCUGCUGCUUUCCCUGACUCUGCAAGUUCACUAUCACUACAACUGAAACAACUGGAUAUUUGGGGAAAUGCCGUGCCGACUCAUCACAGCCUUGUUUUAUGGCAAUGUUUAAUGCUUGGCUCAAACUAUAGCCUGCAUUAGCUUGAAGCGCUACAUUGCAGUAGCCAGACCAUUUUUGUACCAUAGGCUGACAAAGACUACACUGACAGUGCGCACAUGCUUAUUUGUAUGGUGCCUGUUUGGGGCUGCUGUUGUGCCAGAGGUUCUAGUGAGGUAGAGCUACCAUAUUUCCCUCCUGGGAAUCACCACCUGUCAUGACGUUCUUCCCCUUGAAGAGAAAUCUCACUCUCUGCUGAUGCUCCACAGGCUAAUGCUGGUUUGUCUGGGCUUCAUUGUGCCCUUCCUGAUUUGUAUAUACACCCAGGUGACCGUGGUAUACCACCUGUGCCGAUCCGGCUGUGACUGGAGAGCUUUCCUCAGGGUCAGCACUCUGGUCUUUGUUAUCUUUGUAGUGUGCUUCUUGCCCAGUGGAAUCCUACACAUAACCCACUACAUCCGUCUGUUUUCCAGUGGGGACGACAGACUGUAGGGAUAGUACAGGAUAGCUGUGUGUCUCUGCUGCUUCCACAGUUGUCUGGACCCUUUCCUGUGUUUGCUCGUUUCAAAGACGCCAGCGUCAGAACUACAAUUCAUUUCCCUUAGAGAAAAAUCUCAGAGACCGGCAGUAAUGGCAUAA